AUGGCUGUGGCCGAUUUGAUGGUCACUGCUUUGGGUCAGCGGCUGCUCGUAGCUUUCUGGGGGCUUCAUGUAAAUCGCGAAUGUAACGAGCCGGUGUCCGAAACAUUUCGUGUUGUUGGGAACAUGUCGUGCUCAGCUUCGGUUCUCCACUUGUGUUUUAUCAGUAUCGAUCGCUGUCUCCUUAUUGUCCGACCAGUUCAAAGCAAAGCAAUGCGAACACUGAAGAGGUUCAAGUUAGCGUUACUCAUCGCCUGGAUUGUUCCGGUUAUCUACGGCGUUUUGCGAAUGUCAGUGAGCAAGAGAGCAACUUCUUAUUCAACCGUCAUUGCCGCAGCCAUCUGUUACUUAACCAUCAUUUGCUGCUACACAUUGAUCAUUUUUAAAGUUUGGAAUCGUGACGGUGUUCACAGUCACGCAAGACAGAGUGCCUCACAAUUGGUUGAACGUCGCGUGACAGUCACGGUUGCUAUUGUUGUCGUAGUCUUCCCAAUUUGUUGGAUUCCGCUGAUGUACCUUCGCAGCGCCUAUGCCCAAAGUAAUGUUGGAGUGGCAUACAACUGGGCGAGAACACUAGCUUUGAGUAAUUCUGCAAUGAAUCCGUGGAUAUAUUGUUUUCGUAUGGAAGCAUUCCUUACGAAUUACAAACGACUUUUGAAGUGUGGCUUUGGAAACAAUAAGCGUGACGGAAGCGCUCAUUGUGAAGUUAAUUAA